UGAGACUUGUCUUGGUUCUUUUCCUGGCUCUGCCACUAACCUGCCGGGUUACCCAGGGCAAGUUGGAUCAUUUCUCUGCUUCUAUUUCCCCUGUCUAUAAGAUGGAGAUACAAAAAAAGGAGAAUAUUCUAAAACACUUAAAGAGCCCAGUGCAAAGAUCUUGCACAUCUGUCACUUAUACUACAUAGUAAAGAGAUUACUACUAUGCAGACUUCAGAGUUAGAACUUUAGUUUUGUGGCUGAGCACUUGAAUCGGGGAAUUGUCAAAGUGAAUGGUAGUGUCUAGAAAGGGUAUGUCCCUUCAGGAGAGAGGUGCCAAUGUCCAACCGGCCUAAUAACAAUCCAGGGGGGUCACUGCGACGUUCACAGAGGAACACUGCCGGGGCCCAACCACAAGACGACGCAGUAGGAGGAAGGUCACAUUUAGGGCAGGCAAAACAUAAGGCACAUAGCCCUCCUGAGAAUAGAAAGUCUAUUUCAAAGGCACCCAAAGUACAGUCUAAUACUACUUCUGAGCAGUCCAAGGGACACUUUCCUAAAAGAGGCUGUAGUUCAUCUACUGUUAUAAUACCACAACAAGAAGACCCAGACAGAGUUAAUACUUCAGAAAGACAAAAAACGGGGCAGGUGCCUAAGAAAGACAAUUCUCGAGGAGUGAAACGCAGUGCUAGUCCAGAUUACAGCAGGACCAAUUCACCUAGCUCUGCUAAAAAACCCAAAGCACUUCAGCACGCUGAAACUUCCUCAGAAACAAACAAGCCACAUUCUAAAUCUAAGAAAAGACACUUAGAGCAAGAACAGCAGUUGAAGUCUGCACAAUUGCCAUCAACGAGCAAGGCUCACACCAGAAAGGGUGGAGCUACUGGUAGCUCCCGAAAUCAGAAAAGGAAAAGGACAGAAAAUUCAUCUUGUAUAAAGAGUGGUUCAGCAGUUGAAUCAACUGGCGUUGAAGAGAGGUCAGCAAAACCCACCAAGCUGGCUUCAAAAUCAGUGACCUCAGCCAAAGCUGGGUGUAGCACCAUCACUGAUUCUUCCUCUUCAGCUUCUACAUCCUCUUCCUCUUCUGCUGUUGGCUCUACUUCUUCUACUGUACCUCAGGGUGCUAGAGUGAAACAAGGAAAAGACCAGAGCAAGGCCAGGCGUUCCCGUUCUGCAUCCAGUCCCAGUCCCAGAAGGAGCAGCAGAGAUAAAGAACAGAGUAAAGCGGGUGGCUCUUCGAAGUUUGAUUGGGCUGCUCGCUUCAGCCCCAAAGUUAGCCUGCCUAAAACAAAACUGUCUCUACCAGGCUCUUCGAAGUCAGAAACAGCAAAACCUGGACCAUCAGGAUUACAGGCUAAACUAGCUAGUUUAAGAAAAUCUACGAAGAAGCGCAGUGAGUCACCACCUGCUGAGCUCCCCAGUUUGCGGCGGAGCACACGGCAAAAGACCACGGGCUCCUGUGCUAGCACCAGUCGGCGAGGCUCUGGCCUGGGCAAAAGAGGAGCAGCUGAAGCUCGCCGACAGGAGAAAAUGGCUGAUCCUGAUAACAACCAGGAUGGAGUUAAUUCUUCAGCUGCACGGACAGAUGAAGCUCCACAAGGAGCUGCAGCUUCUAGUUCAGUUGCUGGAGCUGUAGGCAUGACCACCUCUGGAGAAAGUGAAUCAGAUGAUUCUGAGAUGGGAAGGCUGCAAGCCCUGUUAGAGGCUAGGGGUCUUCCCCCUCACCUUUUUGGCCCUCUUGGUCCUCGGAUGUCGCAGCUGUUUCACAGGACAAUUGGAAGUGGAGCUAGUUCUAAAGCCCAGCAGCUUCUACAGGGUCUCCAGGCCACUGAUGAAAGCCAGCAGUUACAAGCAGUAAUUGAGAUGUGCCAGUUGUUGGUUAUGGGGAAUGAAGAAACUUUAGGUGGAUUUCCUGUCAAGAGUGUUGUACCAGCUUUGAUAACAUUGCUACAGAUGGAACACAACUUUGACAUUAUGAACCAUGCUUGUCGAGCCUUAACGUACAUGAUGGAAGCACUUCCCAGGUCAUCUGCUGUAGUGGUAGAUGCAAUUCCUGUCUUUUUGGAAAAGCUGCAAGUUAUUCAGUGUAUUGAUGUGGCAGAGCAGGCAUUGACUGCCUUGGAGAUGUUAUCUCGCAGACAUAGUAAAGCUAUAUUGCAGGCAGGUGGCUUGGCAGACUGCUUGCUGUAUCUGGAGUUCUUCAGCAUAAAUGCCCAGCGGAAUGCACUAGCCAUUGCUGCUAAUUGCUGCCAGAGCAUCACACCUGAUGAGUUUCACUUUGUUGCAGAUUCUCUGCCAUUGCUUACACAAAGAUUAACCCAUCAGGACAAAAAGUCGGUAGAAAGCACUUGUCUCUGUUUUGCACGUCUGGUAGACAAUUUCCAACAUGAAGAGAAUUUGCUUCAGCAAGUUGCUUCUAAGGAUUUGCUCACAAAUAUUCAACAACUCUUGGUAGUAACUCCUCCCAUCUUGAGUUCUGGGAUGUUCAUCAUGGUGGUGCGCAUGUUUUCCUUAAUGUGCUCCAAUUGUCCUACACUUGCAGUUCAACUUAUGAAGCAAAAUAUUGCAGAAACACUUCACUUCCUUCUCUGUGGAGCCUCAAAUGGGAGUUGUCAGGAACAAAUUGACCUUGUUCCUCGAAGUCCUCAAGAACUUUAUGAGCUUACUUCUCUUAUUUGUGAACUGAUGCCUUGCCUGCCUAAGGAAGGAAUUUUUGCUGUUGAUACUAUGCUAAAGAAAGGAAAUGCACAAAACACAGAUGGUGCAAUAUGGCAAUGGCGAGAUGACAGGGGUCUUUGGCAUCCUUAUAACAGGAUUGAUAGCCGGAUAAUUGAGGCAGCUCAUCAGGUUGGUGAGGAUGAGAUAAGCCUGUCUACAUUAGGGCGUGUUUAUACUAUUGACUUCAAUUCUAUGCAGCAAAUCAAUGAGGAUACUGGAACAGCACGUGCCAUUCAGCGAAAACCGAACCCUUUAGCCAAUACUAACACUAGUGGACAUUCAGAAUUAAAGAAGGAUGAUGCUCGAGCGCAGCUAAUGAAAGAGGAUCCCGAGUUGGCAAAAUCCUUUAUUAAAACAUUAUUUGGUGUUCUUUAUGAAGUGUAUAGCUCUUCAGCUGGACCUGCUGUUAGACAUAAGUGCCUUAGAGCAAUUCUUAGGAUAAUUUAUUUUGCUGAUGCUGAACUUCUGAAGGAUGUUUUGAAAAACCAUGCAGUUUCAAGUCAUAUUGCCUCCAUGUUGUCAAGCCAAGACCUUAAGAUAGUAGUUGGAGCCCUUCAGAUGGCUGAGAUCUUAAUGCAGAAAUUACCUGACAUUUUUAGUGUUUACUUCAGAAGAGAAGGGGUGAUGCACCAAGUGAAAAAUCUAGCAGAGUCUGAGGCUUUGUUGACAAGUCCACCAAAAGCAUGCACUAAUGGAUCAGGAACGCUGGGUACCACUACCACAAUAAGCACUGGAACAGCUACUGCUGCCAGUAAUGCAGCUGCAGACUUGGGCUCUCCCAGCUUACAACACAGCAGAGAAGAUUCUCUGGACCUGAGUCCACAGGGGCGACUAAGUGAUGUUCUAAAGAGGAAACGACUGCCAAAACGCGGACCCCGAAGGCCAAAGUAUUCGCCCCCAAGAGAUGAUGACAAAGUAGACAAUCAAGCUAAAAGCCCUACAACUACUCAGUCUCCUAAAUCUUCCUUCUUGGCAAGCUUGAAUCCUAAAACAUGGGGAAGAUUAAGCACACAGUCCAAUAGUAACAACAUUGAACCAGCACGCACAGCAGGAGUCAGUGGUCUUGCAAGGGCUGCCUCAAAGGACACCAUAUCCAAUAACAGAGAGAAAAUUAAGGGUUGGAUUAAGGAACAAGCCCAUAAAUUUGUGGAACGUUAUUUUAGCUCUGAGAACAUGGAUGGAAGCAAUCCUGCACUAAAUGUAUUACAGAGACUUUGCACUGCAACUGAACAACUCAACCUCCAGGUGGAUGGUGGAACUGAGUGCCUUGUAGAAAUCCGUAGCAUAGUCUCAGAGUCUGACGUCUCCUCAUUUGAAAUCCAGCAUAGUGGGUUUGUGAAACAACUCCUGCUUUAUUUGACAUCUAAAAGUGAGAAAGAUGCUGUAAGCAGAGAUAUCAGAUUAAAAAGGUUCCUUCAUGUGUUCUUUUCUUCUCCACUUCCUGGAGAAGAACCCCUUGGAAGAUUAGAGCCAUUAGAAAAUGCACCUUUGUUGGCAUUAGUGCACAAAAUGAACAACUGCCUCAGUCAGAUGGAGCAGUUUCCAGUCAAAGUGCAUGAUUUCCCAAGUGGAAAUGGAACAGGGAGCAGUUUUUCUCUCAACAGAGGAUCCCAAGCUUUAAAAUUUUUCAACACACAUCAGUUAAAAUGCCAGCUGCAGAGACAUCCAGAUUGUGCUAAUGUGAAACAAUGGAAAGGUGGACCUGUGAAGAUAGAUCCCCUGGCUUUGGUACAGGCCAUUGAAAGAUACCUUGUUGUUAGAGGAUAUGGAAGAGUGAGAGAGGAUGAUGAGGAUAGUGAUGAUGAUGGAUCAGAUGAAGAAAUAGAUGAAUCUUUGGCUGCUCAGUUCUUAAAUUCAGGGAAUGUGAGACACCGACUGCAGUUUUACAUUGGAGAUCAUUUGCUGCCAUAUAAUAUGACUGUAUAUCAAGCAGUUAGACAAUAUAGUUUACAGGCUGAGGAGGAGAGAGAGUCUACAGAUGAUGAAAGCAACCCAUUAGGAAGAGCUGGAAUUUGGACAAAGACGCACACCAUUUGGUACAAACCAGUGCGAGAGGAUGAAGAUGGUAACAAGGACUGUGUUGGGGGUAAAAGAGGAAGGGCACAAACUGCUCCCACAAAAACUUCUCCUAGAAACUCAAAAAAGCAUGAUGAGUUGUGGCACGAUGGUGUGUGCCCAUCAGUAUUAAAUCCUUUGGAAGUUUACCUCAUAUCUAUACCACCAGAAAACAUAACAUUUGAAGAUCCUUCAUUAGAUGUUAUCCUCCUCUUGAGAGUUUUACAUGCUAUCAGUCGAUAUUGGUAUUAUUUGUAUGAUAAUGCGAUCUGUAAGGAGAUUAUUCCGACCUCAGAAUUUAUCAACAGUAAACUGACAGCAAAAGCAAACAGACAGCUUCAGGAUCCAUUGGUAAUCAUGACAGGAAACAUACCAACAUGGCUGACAGAGCUUGGAAAAACCUGCCCAUUUUUCUUUCCAUUCGACACUCGGCAAAUGCUGUUUUAUGUAACUGCUUUUGAUCGUGAUCGAGCCAUGCAGAGAUUACUAGACACUAAUCCAGAAAUCAAUCAGUCAGAUUCUCAGGAUAGCAGAGUAGCACCCCGACUGGACAGGAAAAAACGCACUGUGAACAGAGAUGAACUGUUGAAACAGGCGGAAUCUGUGAUGCAAGAUCUAGGCAGUUCAAGAGCCAUGUUGGAAAUCCAGUAUGAGAAUGAAGUUGGUACCGGUCUGGGCCCUACACUGGAGUUUUAUGCACUUGUAUCUCAGGAACUACAGAGAGCGGAUUUAGGCCUCUGGAGAGGAGAAGAAGUAACUCUAGCGAAUCCAAAAGGAAGCCAAGAAGGCACCAAGUAUAUUCAUAAUCUACAAGGAUUGUUCGCACUUCCCUUUGGUAGAACAGCUAAACCAGCACACAUCGCAAAAGUUAAAAUGAAGUUCCGCUUCUUAGGAAAACUAAUGGCCAAGGCUAUCAUGGAUUUUAGAUUGGUGGACCUUCCCCUUGGCCUUCCUUUUUACAAGUGGAUGUUACGACAGGAAACUUCCUUAACCUCACAUGACUUGUUUAGUAUUGAUCCAGUGGUAGCCAAAUCAAUAUAUCAUCUUGAAGAUAUUGUGAGACAGAAAAAAAGACUUGAACAAGAUAAAACACAGACCAAAGAAAGUCUACAGUAUGCAUUGGAGGCCCUUACUAUGAAUGGCUGUUCAGUGGAAGAUCUAGGCCUGGAUUUCACACUUCCUGGGUUUCCCAAUAUAGAGCUGAAAAAAGGGGGGAAAGAUGUACCUGUCACAAUCCACAAUUUAGAGGAGUAUCUCAGACUUGUUAUAUUCUGGGCACUAAAUGAAGGUGUUGCCAGACAAUUUGAUUCCUUCAGAGAUGGGUUUGAAUCGGUCUUCCCCCUCAGCCAUCUUCAGUACUUCUAUCCUGAGGAGUUGGAACAGCUUCUGUGUGGCAGUAAAACAGAUACUUGGGACGCAAAGACACUAAUGGAGUGUUGCAGGCCAGAUCAUGGUUAUACGCAUGACAGUCGAGCUGUGAAGUACCUGUUUGAAAUUCUCAGUAGUUUUGAUAGUGAGCAGCAAAGAUUAUUUCUCCAGUUUGUGACUGGUAGCCCCAGGCUGCCUGUAGGAGGAUUUAGAAGUUUGAAUCCUCCAUUGACAAUUGUACGUAAGACAUUUGAGUCUACAGAAAAUCCAGAUGACUUCUUGCCCUCAGUAAUGACUUGUGUGAACUAUCUCAAGUUGCCGGACUAUUCAACUAUUGAGAUAAUGCGAGAAAAACUCUUGAUAGCUGCAAGAGAAGGGCAGCAGUCAUUCCAUCUUUCCUGAUCACAAUGAAAAAUGCAAUGUCUGCCUGUUACAGCAAAACAGAAAAAUCAUGAUUCUUUUCUAAAUGUAUCACCUGAGUCAAGGAAAAGUGUUACGCCUUGUUGUAGAAAAACGGCUUGCAGAUUAUAAACAAAGACACUUGGUUGAUAUUCAUUAAAGGCCCCAUGGACUUAAAAGUGAUCAGGCCCUAAAAAAGUUGUUGUGACAAGGUUUCUUUAGCAAGUUCUUGUUUAAAUUAUCAUUUAUUUGAUGAGUGAAGUUUUUAACUUGCUUUGCUGUGUGAAAUUUAAAAAGGGAUGUUUUUCCAGGCUGGAACAAUAAAUGUCGCUGUGCAGUUUAAUACUGGGCUGUGUGUAUCCAUCUAGCUAAGUCUGCAGUUUUUCCUCCAAAGACAACUUUUGUACAUAAGUACAGAAAUUAAAAUACACCAUGUAUUUGACAAAUCUAGUUUAGUAGACUAGUUCUGUGUACCUUCACUUGCUUCUGAUUUUUCCCCUCCCCCCUCCACCUCAUAUAUUGUCUGAUGUGCAAUUCACUUGGUUCUUUUUGUGUGCAGCACUCUCAGCAAUUGUUACGUUUUGGUUAGCCAUGGGCAUUUACUGCUCCAUGUUUUCUCUCAAAUUAAGAUAAUUUAAAUUUUACUGAAUUCAAAUAUAUAUUGUCAAUAUAAUUCAGCCUUUGUAACUAGAUAGAAUCUUUCUUAUAGCUUAGUUUUAAUGUAGCAGUAGGAUAUAUUGGCUACAGUCUUUACCAGAUGACACACUAGAAUUGUUUACACAGUGAUUCAGGCAACAGAAGCCUCUUACCAGAGGCUACAAAGAAUACAUUUUUUUGUGUAGUUGAAAAAUACAACAGAUUGGGCUGGCCAAUAUUUAUUAUCAUAAGGCCAGAGCAUUUCGAACCGAUGUAAAGUUUUGGGGUUUGGGGUUUUUUGUUGUUUUUUUGGUUUUUUUUGUUUGUUUUUUGUUUUAAAGCAACAACUUAGCAGUUUCCAUUCCCUGGUCAGGUAAACAAACUUCUUGUUUUUGAUUUCAAGUUCAUGUUUACUUUUGUAGGUUUUUUUUCCUUCCCCAGUGCUAGCUUGGAACAAACAGUUCAGCCUUUGUCUUUUGACACAGAUAAAGCACCUGUAAGCAAUGCUCUGUCCAACUGUUUUAUGUGCUGAUUUCUCAAAUCUGCAAUAAUUUACUUCAUCAGGUUAAUGUUUUUACCUGAAUAUAAAUAAAAAAAAGUUUGCUUCA